AUGAACACCUUGUUGUUAUGGUGGUGGGAAGUCGACAGUGAGCUAGACAAGCUCGCCUGCACAGUUCUCACCAUUUCAGUUCCGACACUACUACUUCUAUGGUACAAAUGGAUAUCAUAUUCCAUAAAGAACAUUCCACCCUUCCCACCCGGUCCCUAUGGCUUACCAGUUAUAGGGUAUCUCCCGUUUCUUGGCUCCAAUUUGCAUGAAAGAUUCACUACAAGAAACAAUGUCUAUACAGACGACAUUUUCAACUCCUUUGCCGACGACAUGUCGUCAGAAAAACCUAUAGCGGCGACAUGUCAUCCGUACAAAUCGUCGGAAUAG